AUGUGCUUGGGUUCUAGGAACGGGCUUGAGUUCCAAAGCCCCCAAGUGGCUUUGAAACCUACGUUCUUUGAACCCUCAAUGGGCCCCAUGAUUGCUUGUUUCCUUCCAUACCACACAACCUUCUCAGUGGCAGCAACCAAGGGUGGUAGAGGUAGAAGGAGAAUGAGAGGCUUAGGAAGAUCAUCAUCCCAAGCUCAAGCCCAAUCCCAAUCCCAAGCUCAAGCCCAAGCCCAAGGCCAAACUGAAGCCUUUUCUGAAAAUAUCCAAGCAAGAGCAGUAAUUGGACCAAAUCUAGUGGCCCAACAUGUGGCAGCAACCAAAGGUGGUACAAGUAGAGGGAGAAUAAGAGGCUUAGGAAGAUCAUCAUCUCAACCUCAACCUCAACCUCAUGCAUUACCUCCAAAUAUCCAAGGAAGUGCACCAAUUGGACCAAAUCAAAUAGCCCAACUUGUUGCAUCAACUAGGGGUGGUAGAGGGAGAGGGAGAAUGAGAGGUUUUGGAAGAUCAUCAUCUCAACCAGUGAGCAAAGGCUCUAUCUUUGGAACAACCAAUGGUGCAUCAUCUUCACAGCCACCAAGAUGA